AUGAAGGAUGCUGCCCAUUCGAGCAACCUUCCGCUCUUCCGGUUGUUGUCGAUCUGUCUAAUUGCCUUCGUGUGUUUGGCGGCGAUAAAUGCGCCUAAACCUGACAUCUCACCACAACCUCUCAACUCCUAUCCUCAGUAUAUCAUAACGAUUCUUCUCAUUGCCUCCUAUUCAUGCUGUCUUUUCUGCCUGAAUGCGUUCGGAUUCGUCGCAUUAUGCCUGCAGGGAUCAUUUCUAAUGUCCAUACACCAGCCAUGA